AAGAGAUCAACACAAAGCUAGCGCCUCAAGUAGUGUCUUCCAGAGAAAUCUCAAAUUGAAAGAAGCUGAUAGAGAUACUCUCUGCGAUGCCGCCGAAGAGAAAUUUCAGGAAACGUCCAUUAGAGGAGGAGGAGGAAGAAGAUGACCAAAGCAAACUCGCAAUUUCUGAAGAAGAAGAGAAACGAAGAUUGGCAUUGGAAGAGGUGAAGUUUUUGCAGAAGCUGAGAGAGAGGAAGCUAGGGAUCUCAGCCUUGUCCACUGCGCAGAAUAGCAUGGGGAAAGCGAAAACAGCAGAGAAAGCUGAAGCUGAAGGAGAGAAAGAGGAGCUUGUGUUGCAAGAUACUUUUGCUCAAGAGACUGCUGUUUUGAUUGAAGAUCCCAACAUGGUAAAGUACGUUGAACAAGAAUUGGCGAAGAAAAGAGGGAAGAGUCUUGAGGAUGCAGAGGAGGUUGAGAACGAGUUGAAGCGUGUGGAAGAUAAGUUGUAUAAGAUACCUGAUCAUCUUAAAGUUAAGAAGCGUAGCUCUGAAGAGAGCUCAACACAGUGGACUACUGGAAUAGCAGAAGUUCAACUCCCUAUCGAAUAUAAGCUGAAGAACAUUGAAGAAACAGAAGCGGCCAAGAAGCUUCUGCAAGAGAAGAGGCUUAUGGGUCGUUCAAAAUCAGAGUUCAACAUUCCCUCUAGUUACAGUGCCGAUUAUUUCCAACGCGGGAAAGAUUAUGCUGAAAAGCUCCGAAAAGAACAUCCUGAGUUAUACAAAGAUAAAAGGCCUCAAGCUGAUGGCGAAGCACCUAAACCGUCUACUAACCUAACGAUUUCAUGUAUUUUUGAAUUAUGUGACAUUUUCAUUCAAGAAAUCAAGUUUUUAUUUACAGUGUCCAUAGUUAUGGUGUGGUUUUAGAAGGUAAGGUUGAUUUUAAAGCUGGCCAAACUGCCAAUUUGCAGGAACAACGUUGAGUGCUGUCUUGCUCUUACCGGUACUGGUUUCGAUUUUGAAUGUUAGACUUUGUCCCCACUUUCUUGACAAUGUUUCAUUUAUACAUGUAUUUUAUUAUUGGAAAAACUUGUAUAUAGUUUUGUAUAUAGAAAUAAUAAUAAAGUCGGUGCGCCAUCCACAUUUUUAAAUUUUAAGUCCAA